GAUAAAUUGCAGGAAAGUGCUUUGUUUAGGGUAGCUUAUAUCUCUGUAUCGGGUUUCAGUUAAAACAUGAGAGGAAUAUAGCAGAUUUCCAUAUAUUUUCACAUUGGGAUAAAAUACCUUCAGAUAUAUGAAUGCUUCUCAAAGAAACUUAUGUACUCGGAAACACCGCUAUGAGUAUGAAUCCUAACAACUUAAAUCCAAACAUGGAAAUUCCAAAAAUACCGUUGAUGACAUUGGCAGGAAUCACAAGUUUGACAGAUGUUCUACAUGAGUUGCCACUGCCUGGUCCACAUCCAGAUUCUCUGGAAUACCCUCUGUUUGCUUAUUCGACUAUUCCUAUGCCCGGAAUCAAGAGACUGAUAAAUAACACAGACAAAAACAAUGUUUCAAACGUCAUAGAUGCACUUUCACAGACAAAUACAGAAGACAUAAUUCUAAAAGAUCCAUCUCAAGAUACUGAUUGCUUAGAUGGCCUUAAUGUACCACCUUUGUUGCAAGCCAUCUUAACCAAGAAACCAGAUGUUUUUUAUAGAAGACGGACUUUCGUGAAUGAUGUUGGAGGAAAUAUCAAGCAUAGCAGUCCUGCACAAGCUGCUACUCCACAGAGCCCUGCAAUAAGUUACACAGGUUUGCCUAUGUAUCAAGCAAGUCCAGCUGAAUGUGCUUCUGAAAUUUCCUCAUCACAGUUCAAAACAGAUCCCAAUCAGGUCAACAGGUCUCAAAUUCCUCAUUCCACAUGCUCUGAAAAUCGAGAUACACCUUCAUCCUCUAAAAAUGAAUUUACUGUUGAGAAUCCAACUAAUCAAGUGCAAGAAGAAAAUCCCAAGAUCUGUUUAAAAAUAAGGAAGAAAAAGAAGAAUAACAAAGACAAGGAACAGCCAAAAUCAUCGGAGAUGAAAUCCUCUAAUGGAAGUAUUGAUUUAACAACGAACGAUGUUUGCUAUGAUAUUGUUAGUAGUCCUUCAAAACAACCUGGUUUAUCAUCACCAGGAUCACUCAAACUUAAAUUAUCAAGGAUAAAAACAGAACCUGGUACAAAUUCUGAUUUUCCUGCUUUCGAAGUUGCUGAUUCCAACAAGACACCAGAAAGUUUGAAUAAUCAACAACAACCUCAAGUUCAAAGUUCAAAUGACACUCUACAAAGAUCAGGUGCUCCCAUGAUAAACCAAACAAGAUUAGCACCAGCACCUUCAUACAGACCUCCAUUAUCAAACAAUUCAAGUUCUAAUGCCAUGAGCCAACAUUCUUCACAAAAUAAUACUACGCCACCACAAUAUCCCAAUGUUGCACUGCCUUUUUCAAGUCCUCCAGCUGCUCGAUCAACAGAUUCUUACCUGCCGUUUGCACGGCCUCCAUCUUUUGCUAAUACAGACUUGAAUGUCAACACUCGAGCAGGUCCUCCUCAUUCACAUCAGCGUCAACCUAUGCCUCCACCUCCACCUUAUGCAUCGCCGCACGCAAAGAAUAUCACUCCAGAACAACUUGCCAAUAUGGCAUCCAAUUUCUCACCAUCACCAGUUUCUCUUAGUCAGCAUAAGCAGAGACAGAAUCGAAGCAAUAGUGAAUCAUCUGGUAAAACUCCUUCAUCUAAGCCUAGGAAGAAGGGUUCUAAACAUAUUCGAGUCAAAUUCAUUGCUGAUCAAGAAGAAGCAGAUAUUCAUAAAUUAUCAGAUGUCAUGUAUCCGGAUGAUUCUGAAGUAUCAAGUUUUGAUGAAUUAAAAUCUGGAAUGAUGGUGAUUGCCAAGUGGCCUCAAAAUGGAAAAUUAUAUGAUGCUUUGGUCAUCGAUCCUUUGGAUAACACAGGUCGAAAAUUCCGGGAGAGAAAGCCGCCUCCAAAACCAUUCCAAGCAGAUCCGAGGAAAAAAGACAGGAAGAAUUCAUCAGAGAGUAUUGGAUCACCUCGAGUCAUGCUUGAACCAUUAUCAUUCCAGUAUUCUAAUAAUUUUGAUGCUGACAAACAACAUUUCACAUUGGAUGGACAAUUCACAGCUUAUCAUUCCAUGGCUGACAGAAUCAAACUGAAAAGACAGCAGAGAUUGUUGGGAUCCGGUUCAUCAGGCAAAAAGAGAAAGCGUACGGAUUCUUCCGAUCCAACUUCGAAGUCUUUGAUAACACUUCAUAGUGAUGACGAAGGUGAUGAAUGGAGGGAUGAAUCAUCCUCUCCUGCUAGAAAAAUUUCUCACAAAGAUUCAAGAAAGAAAAAGGAAAGAAGAAGAUUGGCAGAAAUGAGAUUGAUGCAGGAAGGAGGAAACGUGUCAGGAUCAUUAAGAAGAUUUAAUACAGUAGUUGAAUUAAUAUUUGAAGAUAUGGAUAGAUUGGAUGCAACUUCAUUACAAUGUGGUCCCGAUGAUCUAGUACCUGAAUGUUUACUCAUUCCAGCAUCAAGACUGAGAGAACUAAGCAGUGAAUCUGCUAAACUAAAAGCUAUGGGAAUUUUAAACCAGGUUCCUAGAAAGAACCUGUCACGUUUGAUGACUAUUUUGGAACCAAAUAUUCGAAUAGCUGUCAAGUUGAAUCCACUUUCAGUCAAGGGUGAUAUUACUCCUCAGGAACAAAAAUGGCAACAAGAACUUGCUCUUGAAAGAGUUUAUGCUGCAGCAGAUUCCGCACUUACCGCUCUCAAUCUGAUGACGUCACCUGGAAUGCCUAAAUCAGUAUUUAUAGAAGAUGUAAUGGAGCGUGCAAUACAACUGCUGAGAUUUCAACUUACGAAUACUAUUUAUCCAGAAUAUGACACAGUUUAUAAGAUCCACAGUAAAACUAAAAAGGGAAGCAGUGGUAAAGAUUUACACACUGCUUCAAGUAGACAGAAAAGAGCUCAUUACAAAGGUACAAAAAGUCGAGCUGUUUCACAUCUCUAUAAUAAGAUGAUUUCAUUGAUGACAUUAUGGGAAGAGUUACUACAUAUUCAACCUUUAACUGAUACAUCUGUGCUUCAGGUUUCUUCUGUUGCAAUUUCACCCUUUUUUGUUGAAAACGUUCGUGAACUCCAAUUAUCAGCUAUUCAAUUGACAACAAUCAUAUUUGCUCGUUACGAAAGGCACAGAAAAAUUAUUCUUGAAGAUAUUUUUCAGUCGUUGGCUCGUUUACCUACAAGCAAAAGAAACUUGAGAAGUUUCAGGUUAAAUUAUGUCGAUGAAGAUUACUCAGAUGAUGAAGACAUUAGCAGUAAUCAAGUUAUGCCGUACAUUCAGAUGGUUUCUGCUCUGGUAUUACAGAUGAUUCAGGCUAUUGUCAUGCUUCCACUGACGGAACAAGAAAACGAUAAAAAUGAAGGAGAUAACAAGGAAAAGGUUGAUGAAUUGAAGGUUAUUCGAAGUUAUGACAGUGCAAUGAGAAUGGGUCAGAGCUUUCUUGCCGUUUUUCUUAAGAAAUGCGCUAGUAAAUCUGAAGAGAUCGACUACAGACCUUUGUUUGAAAACUUCAUUCACGAUUUAUUGGCAACUGUUAAUAAACCAGAAUGGCCAGCUUCAGAGAUGAUGCUCAGUAUAUUAGGAAGAUUAUUGGUUCACACUUUCUCUAACAAGCAAACAGAAGCUUCUCUUCGAGUUGCAUCGAUUGAUUAUCUCGGUGUAAUUGCGGCAAAAUUAAGAAGAGAUAGUGUUUCCAGUCAGCUUGAUAAAAACAUCAUAAAACAACUGAUAUCUAAUCUCGAUAAAGCUGCGAAAGAUGAACUCGAAAAUCCAAAAGCCGAGACAGGAGAAAAAAAAGAUGACAAAGAUGAGGAGGGAAAUAAGGAAAACAAAAGAGAAGAAACCUACGAAGAGGCUGAGAAGGAAAAGAAAAGUAAGAAGCGAAAAACAUCAGCAGGAAAGGGUAGAAGUAAGAAUAAUAAGAAAACAAAGAAAAAUAUUAUAGAGAAUAAGCUGUGGAAACCAACUGAGGAGAAUUCUAUUGAACACCGGCUUCACAAUAUCUUACUUGAUUAUGUUCGAAGCAAUGCUGAUGCAGAUCCUGCGCUUAUGUUUGCCCACAACUUCUACAUUGGACAAUGGUUGCGUGAUGUUACUAGAGAAGCGGGAGAACUGCAGAAUACAAAAACGGAAAAUAAAGACAUCGAUGGUGAGGUCGAAGCAAUAGACAAACAAAACAAUUUGUUGCAAGAGUGUGAACACAGGAAGAAGCAAAUUUUGGAGCUUGCUUCAGACACUGCUGCAGAACAAGCUAAGCAGAACGAAAUAACUGAAACAAUGCAAUCAAAUGAAAAUGGUGUUGUGAACGCUACCCCAACUACACCCUUGAAAAGGAAAAACAAAAAUGUCAGUGCCCAACUAACAUACGACAAUGCCACAUUGAUGACUCGAUAUCUUGCUUCAAAUCGUCCUUUCUCACAUUCAUUUGAUACUUAUCUCACACACAUUCUACAUAUUCGAGAAGAGGCAGCAGUCGCUGUACGAACGCGAGCUAUCAAAUGCCUUGCAGAAGUUGUUGCGGUUGACCCUUCUAUAUUAGCUAGGAAAGAUAUUUGGCAAGGUGUACAAGCAAGUUUAAUGGACGGAUCAACCAGCGUAAGGGAAGCAGCGAUAGAUCUUGUGGGCAAAUUUAUUCUUCUCAAACCAGAGCUUGUUCCUCAGUAUUAUAAGAUGUUGACGGCGAGAAUAUUGGAUACAGGUGUCAGCGUUCGUAAGAGAGUGAUCAAAAUAUUGCGAGAUUUAUGUCAUGAACAUCCAGAUUUACCACAAUUAACUGAUGCAUGUGUCAGGAUAAUAAGAAGAGUAAAUGACGAGGAAGGAAUCAAGAAAUUGGUUCAUGAGGUUUUCAUGAGAAUGUGGUUUACUCCUCUGAAAAAUAAAGAUGCUCAUUCAAUGAGACUGAAAGCGCUUUCAAUUGCUGAUGUUGUGGCGGCAAAUAAAGAUAUUGGAUAUGAGUGGAUUGAACAAAUGAUGGUUAAUUUGAUUGACACAGAUAUUGUGAACGAAACAGUGGAAUUAGCAUGUCAACAAAUUGUAGAUUGUCUUGUGGAUCAUCUUAUUCAAAUUGAACAGGAAAAUCAAAGCAAAGAUGAGAAAGAUGAAAAUGCACUGGAAACAGAAGCAAGCGGAGCAGUUUCAGAAUCGACCGAAAACACUGAUAUAAAAUCAGAUGAUGAAGGAAUUGCGACCGAUGUUUCAAAUAAAGAAGAUUUAAGAAACAAGAACGAGGCAGUGGCAAAUGCUUUACGUGGUCGUAAACCAGUUGAAAUGAUUGCUGCUACCAUGAGAACUCUUGUGCUGUUUGCGAAAAUUCGUCCUAAACUUCUUGUUCCACAUGUAAUGACAUUACAACCUCACUUGACGACAAAAUGCGAGAGUCCUGAUGAACUUCAGACUCUCCAGAGUGUUUGUCGAGUGUUAGAAUUGGCAGUUCCUCAUCUUGAGCAUCCUGGAGAAGCUUUCCUCGCUUCAUUAGAAGAAGAUUUGAUGAAAUUAAUACUCCGAGAAAAGUUUUUGGUGGUGAAAUCAGCAAUCGCGUGUCUCGGUUCUGUGACGCGGCAUAUCACAGAAAAUUAUAAGCUCGUGUGGGAUUGCUUUCAAAAGUUGUGUUCAUUUCUGUCGGGAAUGAGAACGCUUCAUCAAAAAUCUGGAUUCAGUCAAGCUUUCAAUGUGAAAUCAUCGCAAUUACUCCGUACCUUAUUUAUCACCGGACAUUUGAUGAAAACUUUUGAUUUUGAUGAAGAACUCAUGAAAGGAUCUCUACAGGUCUGCAUCAAGGAUAAAGUAUACGAAUGUAUUUACUACUUCACUCAACUACAAAGUCACGAAGAAUUGAGACUUUAUGCAAUAGGAUCUCUCGGCUUACUCAUGAUACAAGAUCCCAACAUGAUGUUUCGUACCGAGACAAAAGAAUGUUAUAAACAUUUACUAGAACCAAAUCAACCAUCGGAUGCUCUCAAAAAUCAGGUUCUUGUAAAUCUGCAAACUUACCUCUCCGAAGAAGAUGUCCGAAUGCAAGAAGCCGCUAAGUUGUCUUCACAUAAGAAGAAAGAAGAUCCAUCAACAAUGGGUUUGCAUGCUAGAAAACAAUUCGAACAACAACAACAUCAACAGGAGGAAGCCGAAGAUAUAAAAGAAAUAUGCGAUGUUUCGAGUGGAAUGGCAUCUUCUGUUAUGCAGGUUUAUUUAAAGCAGGUAUUGGAAUGCUUCUUCCAUCCACAUCUUCAUGUCCGAAACGCUGCUCUCAACACAAUAUAUUUAACAUUAAAUCAAGGAUUGGUUCAUCCUUUACAAUGCGUUCCUUUUGUUAUUGCAAUGUCAACAGAUUCUGAUCCUGCGCUCUUUAAUAAAUCUGAGCAACUGUUGGGUGAAAUCAGCAAGAAAUAUUCAGGAUUCAUCCACGCUAAAGCAUUACAAGGUGUUAAGAUGGCAUUCAGAUUACAAAGUUCUGUCACAGAAAGCAAAUAUGUUACGAGAGGAUGCCGUGCUAUGCGAGGAUCUGAUGAAGUUGCUGGAUUUAACAAGGCAUGCUGCUCUCCACUUUAUAUGACAAUACGUGGUGACAGAAAAUACAGACGUGGAUUGAUGCUCGGCCUCCUCAAUCUUUUUGAUGACACAGUGAAAUCCGAUCUGGGACUUCUUUUAUUUGUUGCUGAUAAUCUUGCAUACUUUCCAUAUGUUACACAAGAUGAACCACUCUAUGUGAUGAGUCAAAUUGAAGUUUAUGUUUCUGUAUCAGGAUCAAAUGUAUUGCAGAGUUUUAAAGAGUGUUUGCUGACCAAACCAGUAAAAGUGAAGAAAUUAAAGAAGAAAAAAUCACCGAAGCAAGAUGCGAGUCCUUCAACAUCUCCUAUACACAGAUUAUCAAGUUCAUCGAGUUCUUCAUCCUCUGAAGAUGAACAUUUAGAAAAUGAUCUUUCUGAUACAGAAGAUGAAAUUGGAAUCAUAUCUCGACUUCCGAAUAAUGAUUUACCACUCAGAGAAUUUAUGGAAUCGUCGAUGGCUUGUUUAUUACUUUUAUGGGUCAAACAACAUCUAAAAACCGUUUUUGGUUUCACUGACAAUAAAAUACAUAGAUAUUCGCCGAGUGAACCAGUAAAAGCUCAUGAUAAACAAGUUCUAAAGAAAAGGCCUGAUUUAUUGUUUGAACCAAAUCAAGUUAUCAAUUAUCUGGAUCGCAGAAUACAUGGAAAAUUACCGACUCAUCUUUCACAAGAUGAAGAUUUUAAGAAAUUGAUUGCUCAGCAGUAUUUCAAGUUUCAUGAAUUGAUGAAUAAACUGGAUCCAAAUGAUUCAGACUCCGAAUCUGAUAAAGAAACACCGACUAAGAAGACUGGGAAAAAACAACCUGCAAAUGCGACAAAUGCUGAUUCAUCUCACGGUGAAGAUAAUCAUGCAAUACAGGAGAAAAUAAAUGAUAAUGCUAUUAUUGAUGAAAAUAGUGACAGAGAUUCAGAUGCUGAAAUGCCCAAGAAAGCAACUGCUCUGGAUCUCAUACGAUCAUCUGGUAUGUCGAAGCAUAAAAAGAAGCUUUUGAAGUCAAAACAUACUCAUCAAACCAGACCAGAAUCUCCCAGUAUACCGAAAGAACUUCGCGCUAGGAAAAAGGUUGUUCAAUACGUGGAAUCUAGCGACAGUGAUGAUUCGGAAUCAGAGUUUCUCGGUUUUUGAAAAUAAUAGGUCGGAAAAAGUUUAUGGAAUAUGUUGUUCUGCGAUGAUCUUAAUUGCAUAUGACCUUCCAGUGGUGCAAGGAUUCUACUCUUGUUUUUUCUUAUUAGCAUGUUUGCUAAAUGCUUGCAGAUAGAUUAUAUCAAAACUAUAUUGAAUCUCGUUUACUUUCACCUAUUGCUUCUGGCACAUCAGGACAUACUCAUGCGCCUAGUUUAGGGUAAGAAUCUGUAUCUUACCUUGAAAGUUGAAAGAAUUGCAAAGGCAAGAACUGUUGGUUUUGUGCCAAAUAUUCUGUGCAUUUUCACUUUCUUGUGCACUAAAUUCGUAAAUUAUGUUUGAAUUGUAAAAUUUUUUAAAGUUUUUUUUCUGGCACUGAAAUGUAUUUUUUUGAUUGUUUUACAUGUUGUUUCACUUUUCUUAUUCACAUUUUUCGAUUAAAUGUUUUUUUUGUAGAUUUUUGUGUUAUUAAUUUCGGUGACCAGCUUAAUCUUUGUUGUUAUUUUUUUGUGUAAAAUAAAUAUACGGCAAGUCU